UAUUGCUCUGUUGAUGAGAGAGAGUGUGUGCAGAGCGAGAGAGCGAGAGAAGCAGAGAGCUCUGUAAACAGGCUGUCAGAAAAGAACGUGCAGGGACAUUUUCAUCCGCUACAGCCAAAGGCGAGCGUUGCGUACAACACUGAAGGAUAAUCACGAGAGGGAGCGAGCGCGAGCGAGAGAAGGUUUCAUUAAUUCAUGCAGGAGGGAAGGGAUGUUUCUGCCGCUGACUGAGCUGGUUCCACCACUGCCUGUAGCAUUUUUUUUGUGAGUCCAUCCAUGCUGUGAACGUGACAGCACUCAGAUCAGGCAGGAUUUGACGGACACCAUCACCUGAACAAGCAGAGAGUACAUAAGUUGAAAGGUCAUCAGCUGCUCCUCCGUGUGCACCUGGCACCUCUCCGCCGCAGAGCUACUCCAAUCCCAGCUCCUACCGGUGGCGCAGCACGCCUCACCUUCACACUGCCUUCGUCCUUGUGGCCCUCCUUCAUUUCACAACUCCACAUCGGGGACGCCGAUUCACCAUCUGUCACUAAGAAAAGGCGACAUAAUCAUGCCAGAUCGUACCAUGUCCUUCUCAUACCUCACCUGAGGACGAUCAGUGUGGUUCCCCAGGCUCGCCGCGAGCACUCUGACCGUUGAGAUGGGAGAUUGGGUCUGUCUGAGCCCAGCUGAAUUCUCCCAGCUGCAGCAGUACAGUGAGUAUUCCUCCAAGAAGCUUAAAGAUGUCCUGGAAGAGUUUCAUGGAAAUGGUGUCCUCUCCAAGUACAACCCUGAACAGAAGCAAGAUGUUCUCAUCCAACCCAUCGACUAUGAGGGCUUCCAGCUAUUCAUGACGACCUAUCUGGAGAAUGACAUCCCUGAGGAACUUUGCAAGCACCUCUUCACCUCCUUCAAGAGCAAGAAUGGUGGAGGCAGCUCCCCUGACACCUCUCGAUCUGGAGCAGGCAUACUAGGUAUGAAUGGGAAGAGUAUUUUGUGUGCUAUGAGCCGACAUACACCAGAGAACUCUGCAGGGAUCACUCAAGGCUCAGGGGCCACCACAUCACCCUGCUCCUCCCGCUCCUCCUCACAACGCUCAGGCACAGGGGGCCACACACCCAGAGGCCCCCACCGGUCGCCCGGCACACAGCCCAAUCCCCCAUCGAGCAGCAGCAGCAGCAAUGCUUUGGCUCUCUCCAAAACCACCAACUCCCCGCGCCUCUCCCCAGAGCGUAAUCAAUCUGAAAAUCGUUCAUCUCUCCGGAGGAGUCCUUCUCCACAAAAAGGAUCUCCAUCACCCCAAGUGGUCUUCCUUAAAGACAUUGUGUGCUACUUGUCCCUGCUGGAAAGGGGAACACCAGAGGACAAGCUUGAGUUCAUGUUCAGGCUCUACGACACAGAUGGCAAUGGUCUGCUGGACAAUUCGGAGCUCGACCGCAUCAUAAACCAGAUGGUCCAUGUAGCUGAGUACCUAGAAUGGGACUCUACAGAACUACAACCAAUUCUGAAGGAGAUGAUGGAGGAGAUUGAUUAUGACCGGGAUGGAACGGUCACAUUAGAGGAAUGGAUCAGAGGAGGAAUGACCACCAUACCACUCUUGGUACUGCUGGGAAUGGAGACGAAUGUACAGGAAGAUGGGCAGCAUGUAUGGAGACUGAAGCAUUUCAACAAGCCAGCAUACUGUAAUUACUGCCACACUAUGUUGUUAGGAGUACGAAAACAGGGCCUUUGCUGCUCACUAUGCAAGUACACAGUCCAUGAGCGCUGUGUGUCCAAAGACAUUGCUCCUUGCAUUAGCACCUACGCCAAGUCCCGCAGGCACACCAAUGCUAUGCAGCAUGUUUGGAUGGAGGGCAACUCCCCAACAAAAUGUGACAAAUGUCACCGUAGUAUCAAGUGCUAUCAAGGUCUAACAGGCCUUCACUGUGUUUGGUGUCAAAUCACUCUCCAUAACAAGUGUGCAUCUAACGUGAAGCCUGAGUGUGAUGGUGGACCAUUAAAAGAUCACACACUCUUACCAUCGUACAUCUGCCCUGUUAUUCUGGACCGUCAUUCUGCUGUCAAAAGAGGUGAAGGAGAAUCAUCCCCCAGUACCAGCCCUGAGGACAACAGCCAGUGUUUCAAGUUCACCGGUGAUGGUCAGGCACUGCAGAUCACCCCUCUGCCUGGAACGCACCCCCUCCUUGUGCUGGUUAAUCCUAAAAGUGGUGGUCGGCAGGGUGAGAGAGUGCUACGGAAAUUCCAGUACCUGCUUAACCCCAGACAGGUGUACAGUCUGGAUCGAGGAGGACCCAUGGUGGGGCUCAACUUUUUUCGAGAAGUGCCCAAUUUCCGUGUGCUGGCCUGCGGAGGCGAUGGAUCAGUGGGGUGGAUUUUGGACUGCAUUGAUAAGGCCAGUUUUGCUCGACAUCCACCUGUUGCGAUCCUGCCACUGGGUACCGGGAAUGACCUCGCUCGCUGCCUGCGCUGGGGUGGAGGCUAUGAAGGAGGCAAUCUGGUCAAGUUCCUCAGGGAUAUCGAGCACAGCACCGAAUUGAUGCUUGACCGCUGGAACAUCGACAUUGUCCCAGUCGAUAAGGAGGAGAAGGGCGACCCUGUGCCCAACAGCAUAGUGAACAACUACUUCUCCAUUGGAGUGGAUGCAUCCAUAGCACAUCGCUUCCACUUGAUGAGGGAGAAACAUCCAGAGAAGUUUAACAGCAGGAUGAAAAACAAGUUGUGGUACUUUGAAUUUGGCACCACAGAGACCAUCUCAGCCACUUGUAAAAAGCUGAACGAAUCCAUCGAGGUGGAGUGUGAUGGCCUCAUUUUGGAUCUCAGCAGCACGUCUCUGGAGGGUAUCGCUGUGCUCAAUAUUCCCAGCAUGCAUGGGGGCUCCAACCUGUGGGGCGAGUCCAAGAAAAGACUGAAUUACAAUCGCAUGAGUAAGAAAGUGCCAGAGAGAAUGACUGGCAGCGCUGUCACCGAUGCCAAAGAGCUCAAGUUUUGUGUGCAAGAUUUGAGUGAUCAGCUUCUGGAGGUGGUGGGUUUGGAGGGAGCCAUUGAGAUGGGUCAGAUCUACACAGGUCUCAAGAGCGCUGGACGGCGCCUUGCACAGUGUUCUAGUGUCACCAUCAGGACGUCCCGGCUGCUGCCCAUGCAGAUUGAUGGGGAACCGUGGAUGCAGCCCCCAUGCACUAUACGGAUCACACAUAAGAACCAAGUUCCCAUGCUGCUGGGACCACCACAGAAAACAUUCUUCUUCUUCAAGAAGCGCAACAGAAGUCGGGACUAAAUGUGGGGACUUCAAAAUUCAACCACUCUUCUACAGUCGUACAAACACACUCAAACAUCUCCACCUUCCUCAGCUAAUUCUUGGUCUUUGGCAGGUGGCAGCCAAAGAGAAGACACCUUUCAAUCACUUUUGUGAGACAAAUCAAUACAAUACAACACUCUAAUGGACUCUAUCUCCGAACACAUUUCAGAUGCACAUAGGCUGAACCAGAACCACUCUGAGUGUCAUGACCACUUCCUGUGUCUUAUCAUCCAGAACAUCUUAUCACAGGCUUGUGACCUGUAAGCUAUGACUCAAUUCCAACUAAAUCGCCCCUCCCAAUAGGCCACUGCCUUGGGAUCACACUGUGUACCCUCUCCCUCCUCUUGAGACGGCUCAUCAGAAGAGACUACCAAUUUCAAAGAGAAAUACAGAGGGAGGACCAGAAGUGAAGAGACUCACACAGUAAAGGGAAAAGUAGUGUUUUCAAGUCAAAAGAGAUGGAGAGUAAGAGACACCCUGGCAUGAUAAUGUUCUUCGCAUGAGAGUUGGUGGUGCACAUAUGGACGUCACCAGGCACUGGCCUAGCCUAGCAGGACCAGGGAACAAACUUUCCUCUUAAAGGAGCUCACUGACUUAUAUAUCAGUGCAUGCAAAGCAUUCAUUCCAGUGCCUCUCCAAGGCCCUGCAGCAUGCCAUCACUAAAGAGAUGAAGCAACAUACUCAUCCAUUGUGAAAAUGUUUAUGGGGGUCUGCUGAUAGAAAUAGGUUAGACUGGCCUCUAAUGAGAUGAAAUAUUUCAGCUUCUGUUGUUUGCUCUGGGCAGUUCUGCUGUUCACCAAUUGACCAGUGCAAGUUUUGUUGCAGUUAGCUGAAUGUAUAUUUAUUCACAUACUGCCCUUUAAAACAACAAUUCUCAUGUUCAGUGUGCAGAAUGGACGUAAGGUCUUUCAAAAAUGCAAGGAGUUUAGAGAACCCUUAGAACAGAGAAUCGGUGGACUAAAAGAGUUUGAUCAAUUAGCAUUUAUAUCGUAGCAAUGUGGCAGUUUGUGCAAUAAUUUGACGAUUUUAUCAUAUUUUUUAAGCCAAAUCAAAAUAUCGUGCCAUUACGUUGGGGAGUAGAUUCUGUGUGAUUUUCCCUGUUGAUUUAAAACAUCUUACACCAGCCUAUGCUGGCUAUGCUGGUCUGUUGGCUAGUUUGAGCAUUUUUGAGCUGGUCAGGUCAGGUUGGGAGACUUGCAGGUUACCCAGCUAGACCAGCUGAAAACCAUCGUAAUAGCCGUAAUCACACCAACAUGAACGCACGGCAUGAAAAUUCGGUCCAGUUUCGGCAUGUGAUUUGUCUGUUCAGACCAAUGCGAAUAAUGGAGGAAUGAAGUAAUGAAAAAUGCAACUUAACUUUAUGGCAGUAGAUGGUGCUUACAGAAAAUUUAUUUUAUGUAACAGCAGCGACUCAGGGCAUGAGACCAAAAAGUUUUUUUUUUUUUUUGAUAGACAUAUUUCUGUAGAAAAAAAAAUCUGUGUGAAUGUUUGUCUAAAUCUGAGCAGAAGCAUUAAUAGCCGUUCAUUCAAAUUAAAAUGUAUAUAACACUGAUUUUUCGUCUUGGUAUGAACAGGCCUUACACCAUCUAAGACCAUCAAACCAGCUUAGGCUGUUUUAAGCAUUUUAUCAGCAAAGUAUGAUUUUAAAAAUUGUUUUAUAUAACAAUAAGGAUGCAAUGGUAAAACUUUAAGUACAGGAUCAAUUUGUUAAGAUUUGUUAAUGCAUUAGAUGUCAACAACUAACACUGAAAAUAUAUUAACAGCCUUUAAUAAACUAGAUUAGCCUUAAUUUAUAAACUCAAUUGCUUGGUCCAAGUUCAAUUCCACCCCAUAAACUGAUGCUAUUGUUCAUUGUUAAUUUAUAUUCAUAUUAUGUUAAAUAAUAUUGAUUCAUACAACCUGAAAAUAUAUGAAUAUAGUGCAUAUAUUAUUAACAUUGACCAGGAGUAAUAAAUCCUGUAAAAAUAGGAAUUGUUCAUUGAUGCAUUAACCAAUGUUAACAAAUUAAAUAUUAUAUUUUGUUACAGAAAUAAUAGUUUAAGGAAAAAUAUGCUACACAUUUUUAAGAAAAACAAGGUCUCCAUUCAGAGGCGGGCUGAAAUGGAUCUAGCGUUGGUAUUAACACUGAAUCCUCUGGUCCCCAUCUGUCACAACAAGCUACUGCAGUGGGGUUUGAAUUACUGCUGUAUGGACGGAGCCUAAAUUUAACUUCCUAUUUCAGGGCAUGAAACACUAUUCCUAAUUGCAGCAUGAAAACAUCAGCUCGCAAUUUCAGGUCGACAGUUAAGCGGGUUUGAAAGCAGCCUAGAUGAAUGCAGAAAACGGAAGUUACUUACAGUUGCUGUCCACACAAUUGACUUGGAGAUCCAAAAAGUGAGCUUUGUAAUCUUUUAGCCCUUCUGAGGCCCAUAAAGAGUGUGUAACUUAAAGAUGCCCACUAUGUAUCAGUAUUUCUAUAAUCCAAGAGCCUUGUGUGCAUAUAUACAGUAUGAAUGUGCAGUGAUCAUCAGAUGCUUUCGCAGUGUGCCAUAGGGUGUUGGAACUGUAUAUAUGUAUUUCACCAAU